AUGGCCACUGCCCAGCAACAGCCAGGUCUAGGGCAAAGAAUCGUGGGCUCAGCCAAAGGAUUAGCAUGUUCGACUUUAUUCGGCGAUUCUGAAAUUGAAGCCGAGCUUCGGGAUCCUCUUAACAACAUCAAAAUAUUCGCGGCACCACAAUCCUCCGGACAAGAUGUCAAUCGUGAUUUCACCACUACACGAAGGGCUACGCCUAGGCUAUCAGAAGGGUUUCGAGGAGACUUUACCAAGGAUGUCGACCUCGAUCCCGACUUCGAAGCGUUUGCUCGAAGGACAGAUAGCAUUGUCGUUGCCCCUCGAAAGUCUGCACGAAUCGAGACUAAGCCUGCUCGUAAAGCUGUGUUGGUCUGCGAUUUCUCCAGGAGACAACAAGUGGCCAAGAGCCACGAAGUGUUAUGUGGCAGUUCGCCAGAGUCAAUCAUGCGUGGCUUGAGUUGGGGACAAACGCAGACAGAGUAUUACGCCUCGUCAGGUCCAGAACGCAUACCGAUCCACCACGAGUGGAGCAGACGAAACUUGGAGAGCGCUACUGUCGACCAGCGCGAGAAAGUUUCAAUGGCCCUGCCCGACAUGGAGUCAACAUGGGAGACAUCACAGUCUGCAGCUGUAGACCGAUUGAAGCAACUUAGCGCACAGCUGACAGAGGCAGCUACAGCGCCUCCAGUGACCAGGACGAUGCAGCGAGAUUGGGUUCCUGCAGAUCUUCAUUGGGAGGAAAUCCAGAACGAACAAAUGCGACAACAGCUGAGAGUGCCAGAGAGGCGAUUACAAUAUGAGCGAACAGGCGCUAAUCAAGAAGACCAUCCCAUGCGGAACUUCUACUGUCGGCGUCUCUCCUGUCACCGAAGACUGGUUAUGCAAGAAGCAAGCUUAGAUCUCAAUUGCCAGACGAGAUGCUGUGUGCACACUGGAUGCGGGUAUGUGUCGCAGACCACUGCGGGUUGGGAACGACAUUGUGCAACGGAACACAAUCACUCGCAGGAGAUUGAUGAGCCUAAUCCGAUCAAUCUGAGUCCGCUGCCGGGCAAUGUUGGCUGGAGGGACUCGAGACCUCCGCCGAAGCUGUAUCAUUGA